UGAUACUAUCUGAACAUUGCAUCAUUGAUCUAAUAUCGCACGAGUCAAGAGAUUUUACCAUACGAAAGCACUCAGCCUCUUAAGAUCAGGAAAAAAUGCCCCAAACCUGGCUCAUAACUGGAUGUUCCAGCGGCUUUGGUGAGCUCUUUGUGCGCCAACUUCGCGAUUUAGGAGACAAUGUGAUUGCCACGGGCCGCAAUGCCGAGACCAAGCUCGCUCAUCUGCAAUCCACUGGCGCCUCGGUUGUAGACCUUGAUGUCUCAUCCCCAGCAUCUGUGAUAGAGGCCAAAAUGAGCCAAGUCUGGGACAUUUAUCCCGGUGGCAUUGAUGUUGUUGUUAACAACGCCGGUUAUAUCCUCAGUGGCGCUGUUGAGGAGCUGAUGGCCCAAGAGCUUGAAGAUGUCAUGAAGACAAACUUUCAUGGCCCUAUGAAUAUUACGCGGGCUUUGUUGCCAAGACUCAGGGCAAAGGGUAGUGGUACUCUCUUUUACAUGAGCUCUCAAGCAGGCUGGCAUGCCGAUCCUGGUGCAUCCGGAUAUUGCGCGAGCAAGUUCGCUCUUGAAGGUGCGGUCGAAUGCCUUGCACAUGAGCUAGCUAUGUUUGCGCCGGGUAUCAAGGUCCUCAUUGUUGAGCCUGGUUACUUUCGAACUCGCGCCUUCGGAAAUAUCAACCACGUUCCACCUCGUGUGCCGGACUAUGCCGCUUUCAACGCGGCUGUACGAGAUGUCGAGGCGGGCAUCGUGGGAAAUGAACCUGGAGACGCUGUAAAGGCCGUUGGUAUCAUGAUCGACUUAGUCAAAGGGACCGGCGUGGCCGCUGGUAAAGAAAUACCCCUUCGCAUACCUCUUGGGACUGAUGGUUGGGAGAGAAUCAAGGCCAAGUGCGAGAAUAUGCUCAAGAUCUGCAACGACUGGGAGCAGGUUGCGAAAAGUACGGAUGUUGCUCAGCAAUGAUUGAAUUGUUAGCGGGGU